AUGGAAAGAGCCGAGGAAAUGAAUACUGCAGCUACAGAUAUUAAUGUACAGAACUUCCACAUUCAAGUUGAUCAAGAGGAAAAACUUCCAUCCAUGAUCCCCUUCAAGGUUCAAGAAUCAAGCAUCCAGCUUCAAACCACAACGGUGGCGGGGCUAUUUUUCCAGAGGCUCUUUCGAGUCCUCUUCUUUGUGCACAUAGUCCUAAUCGCCAUCCUAGUGAUCUGCCUCACCAUCCGUGGCCUCCUCUCCGCACACAGCCACAAUUUUCACCCCGAGAAGUGGUAUCCACCACUCCUUACUGCAACAGUAUGCGCUGGAAUUGUGGCUUUCAUUUGGCAAUGGUUCACUCAAUUCAACCCUUCAAGAGCCCUGAGAACAUCCUUCUGGCUUAGCCCCUUGCUAACCUGCGCAGUUGGAGUGCUGUUUGUACUAAUAGGCUCUGCUGCUAGUUUAGCAAUAGGCGUAAUUGCUAUAGUUCUUGCCCUGAUUCUAUCCCUUUAUGCUUGUUGGGUGAAUCCUCGGUUCGAUUAUGCCACCAAGGUCUUAUCGGUUUCUUCUGCUUCCCCUCCUGCCAAGACUACCACAUUGGUCAAUCUCUCAAUCAUCAUAAGCACUGUGUAUUCCUGUUUCUUGGUGUCUGGGAUUGGUGGAGCCACUGCUGUUGGAACCGUAAUAGACACCUUGUUCAUUUUAGUGAUCCUGGCGAGCCUGGCAUGGAGUAUGCAAGUGAUCAGAAACACAUUGCAAGUUACAAUUGCACGCAUCAAAUACCUACAUUUUGCUUCUGGGGCAGAAAUGGACUCUCGAAUUGCUUUCCGGGACACAAACAAGUACUCAAUGGGAAGCGUGUGCAUCAGCUCAGUCCUGGUGCCGAUUAUUACCGUAAUCCGUGGUUCAGCCAGAGCAAUUGGUUUGAUUGCAGGGGGCACAGACGAGUUCAUGUUUUCCUGCGCUAGUUGUUAUGCUGCUGUUGGUGCAACACUGGUUAACUAUGGGAACCGGUGGGGUCUUGUGCAACUAGGGGUUUAUAAUAAAGGGUUUGUGCAGGCAUCCAGGGAUACAUGGGAGAUGCUCAGGAGAGCUGAGUUGGAACCUAUAAUAGACACAGAUCUGACAGGGUCUUUCUGUUUUCUAUGUGGGAUGGCAGGAGGUGCGAUAUGCACUCUGGUUGGAGGAACAUGGACUUUUGCACUUCAUAAAGAUUACGCUACAGAAGUGUCAAUUUAUGCAUUUCUGAUUGGCUACUUCAUGUGUCGGAUAGCAGUGGCAUGGCCACAAUCAUGCGUUUCAGCUUACUACGUGGCUUACGCAGAGAACCCGCAGAGCACACGGCUUGACCCAACUAUUCUAUUUCGCAUUCAAGAGUUUCAAAGAUAUGGAGCUUAA